CCUCCUGCAUCCCUCUUCCUGCAUCCCUCUUCCUGCAUCCCUCCUCCUGCAUCCCUCUCUCCUACAUCACUCCUCCUGCAUCCCUCCCUCCUACAUCCCUCUCUCCACUCCUCCCUCCCUCCUUCCCUCCCUCCCCCUGCCUGCGCAGAGCCGCGGACAUGGCGCUCAGCAAUUUCCUCUUCGCUCAGUGCAUCUGCUAUUUCCUGGCCUUUCUCUUCAGCUUCAUCGUGGUGGUGCCACUCUCCGAGAAUGGCAACGACUUCCACGGCCGGUGCCUGCUCUUCACCGAGGGCAUGUGGCUCAACGCCAACCUGACGGUGGAGCGGCAGCGCUUCACGGUGCAGGAGUGGGGGCCUGAGGCUGCCUGCCGCUUUAGCAUCUUCACCGGGCUCCUCUCCCUGCUGCUGGCCACGGUGCAGGCCUGGAGGACCCUCUUCUUCCUCUGCAAAGGGCACGAGGACUCUUUCUUUUACGCCUUCCUGAAUCUGCUGAUCAGCGCCUUUGUGGUGUUCAUCACAUUUAUUGCCAGCACUAUAGUGAGUGUAGGAUUUAACAUGUGGUGUGAUGCAAUUACUGAAAAAGGAAGCAUGCCAAAUAGCUGUGAAGAAUUGCAGGAUAUAGAUCUUGAGCUGAACUUGGAAAACUCUGCUUUCUAUGACCAAUUUGCUAUUGCACAGUUUGGUCUCUGGGCUGCCUGGCUGACUUGGCUGGCAAUUACCAUUUUGGCUUUCCUGAAGGUUUAUCACAACUACAGACAGGAGGAUCUGCUAGAUAGCCUGAUCCAUGAGAAGGAGCUGUUGCUAGGAAGAUCCCCUUCAAGAUCCUCUUUGCAAGAUGACAAAAGUGGCAUGAUCUAA